CAGGCCACGGGGCCGCGUCCCCUCGCCGGUCUAUAAAUACCGGCGAAGGGGAGCCAAACAAGAUCACCCACCACAACACCAUCAUCGCAUCCCAUUAGCAUCGCCAUUUUCCUUGGAGAGAAGUAGCCAGAAACAGCAGCGCCAUGGCCGGCAUCAUGCACAAGAUCGAGGAGAAGCUCCACAUGGGCGGCGGCAGCGACGAGCACAAGAAGGCGGAGGAGCACAAGAAGAAGGACGGGGAGCACAAGAAGGACGGCGAGCACAAGGAGGGCAUGAUGGAGAAGAUCAAGGACAAGAUCAGCGGCGACGGCCACGGCGACGGCAAGAAGGACGGCGACCACAAGGAGAAGAAGGACAAGAAGAAGAAGAAGGACAAGAAGCACGGCGAGGGCCACAAGGACGACGACGGCCACGGCAGCAGCAGCAGCGACAGCGACAGCGACUGAGCCAGCUCCGGCCCGCGCUCCGGCAGCGUGCAGUGAAGGCGAGAUCGAUGAUGAACACUUGGGAGAAGUGUGACAGACAUAUAUGUUGCAGGGUUUGGAGCGUGUGGUAGCAUAUGUAUGUAAUGCGUGACAUGUCUCAUGGAUCUUGUGAUGUAUAAUAAUUAGCCGGCCGCACUGCACUGCACGGUGCUUGUAAUAAUAACGUUAAUCAUGUUGGUAUUGAUACAUCUCCAUUGGUAA